CAAAAUGGGGCCUCGACCAUCUUUGAUUCCGGACGACACCCCUCCGGUGGCUCAAAUCGAAGAAAAACCAACGCCUUCGAUUACACCCGUUUCAAAACCGGAACCGGGAAAACCUCCGAGUCGAGCCGGAGCUUGUCGCGUUUGUUUAAAAGCAUUCAAACCAGAUGAUUUUAGUAGAACGUGCAAAGAAUGUUCGCAAAGGGUUUGCGAAGAUUGCGCGAGUUACAGCCAACUCGGUGAAGACGAAAAAGCCUCAGAUUGGACUUGUAGCGUUUGUAGAAGAAAAUUACAAUCAAGAGCGGUGGUUCAACAAGAUUCAAACGAAAGUCUUUUAGAGAUACCGAUACAAGAGUUACAAAGGAGACACUCAGAAGCAAGAUUGGGUGGUGGAAGUAGUUUAAACCCGGGUUUAGGCGGCGGUUUAGCUCCUCCAAGAAGUACAGAACUUCGUAGACACUCAGACGUCUCUCCAACGUCGUUAAAAGAAUUAGAAAAGUUAAAGGGUGGUGCUCCGAAACAAUCAGAUUCUGAUUGGAGAAGAGGUGGUGGGAGGAGUACCGCAAGUAGUCGACAAAAUAGCCCACCUCGAGAACAAAGAGAGGCUCCAAGAUCAAGAAGAGCUAGUAGAGCAGUUGCGAGACAACACAGUUACGAUGAUGAGGUCAACAAAAAUAAUCCACCCCCACCCACAGACAAUCCAGGACUUGGAUUACCAGCUCCUAUGCCCAGAAGAGCAUCGGCGUACGACGUCUUCACCGUACCAGGACUCAGCACGGUAACCACCUCAAAUUUGGGAAGAAGAGCUUCAUUUCGAGCACCACCCCCUGAAACAAACAGCCCCCCAAGUCCCGAGUCAGGAGGACCAGCUUUAGCGCUACCUGAAGACGAUCGAAGGUCUCGCAGACGAGGAUCUCAAUUGCCCGACAUAGCAGCUUUACGAACCGUUCCUCGACCUGUACCAGCUUUAGAAGAUUUGGAAGCAACCCCGCGACGUCAAGCGUCCGUGGAUGCUGAAGCUAUCCGUAUUGUUAUCCACGAUGUAGAUUCUGGACCAGCAACGGCCGCUCAACGAAGAAUCGUUUUACGUCGAGAUCCCGCCGACAAAGCACAUAGAAAAGACUUAUCUCGUGGAUUUGGGAUGAGAGUUGUUGGUGGAAAAACCGGUGCUGAUGGGCGUCUUUUUGCCUACAUUGUUUGGACGGUUCCUGGUGGGGUAGCCGAAAAAUCAGGGCUUCAACAAGGUGACAAAGUUCUCGAAUGGGCCGGGGUAUCCUUAAUCGAUCGGUCGUUUGAGGAGGUUUGCGGAAUUAUGGAUCGUACGGGGGAUGUUAUUGAACUUCUGGUAGAACACGCAACCGAUUUACGUAUGUGCGAUCUGUUGGAUGACCCGAUACCACCCAGUAACAUUAAUAGGAAACCCUCGGAUGCAGCCAUUUCAGCACUGCACGUCGAACCUGAUCAAGAUAAGACACCUUCGUCUCCAACAAGACGGAAAUUGCCAAAAACACCGGAACAGUUAGCUAGAGAAAAAAUAAUUUCUGGGAGGAUUCAAAUUCAAGUUUGGUACAACGAUGAGCGAAGAGAAUUGGUCGUCUCCGUUUUGGCGGGGGAUGAUUUAGCGCUAAGAGAUGAUAGUUAUGGUUAUGGAAGUUUGCCCGAAGCUUACGCAAGAAUUUGUUUGAUGCCGAUGACUUCCGAGCAACAUUGCGUUCAAACUGAAGUGGCUCCACCAAGUCAAAACCCCAUUUGGAACGCAAAUUUAAAUUUCCCCGGCGUUCCAGGAGAAGAAUUAAUGGAUCGAAUGCUUGAAGUGACCCUUUGGGAUCUAAUCCCGCAUAAUGAGCACGCUUUCUUGGGAGAAUGCACCGUGGAUCUUCAAAAAGCCUUCCUGGAUGAUCGCGCGGUUUGGUGCCGAUUAGAAGAUCCCCGCCAAAUGCGGGGAAAAUCUCCUCACACUAGCCCAAGAGGAUCAAUAACUGGCACAAAUUUAAAUCGCCGCGGCGAAUUUGGAAUACAAAGAAGCGUCUCUGAUGAUGUCGAUUCAAUCGGGGAAUGUGCAAGUCUUCUUCACCCCGAUCACGCUUGGGGUUCCCGAAGAGGUUCAUCACAAUCAGAACAAUUAGAAGUUGAAGUUUACCAGUUAGGAAAAGAUUUUUCAAGAUCUUUACCCGGAUCGAGGCGAUCUUCGUUUCAAUCACCUCAAGAACAAAACGAAGAUGCUCCAGCUGCGCCUCCUCCCCCUUCGUAUUCGAGGGAUCGCCGAAGAAGUAGCUGCACGAAAAUGUUGAGAGAUCCCGACGAAAUUUUGAAAUCAUUAAAAGCGGUUAAAGGUGAACUCGGAAGGACGAUGAGCUUCACCGGGGAGAAGAGACACAGAAGAACUUCUGGAGCAUCGACACGUGAAUCAACGCGCAAAGAUAGCGUAGCCGAAGUGAUCGAAACCAAAGAAUCGCCACCUUCCAGCCCCGAAAGAACUUCCCCGCCCCGUUUAGGUCCCGGCCAAAUAAAACCGCGCGGUUUUCGAUUAUCAAGCAUUAGACCCGUUGAGCUUAAACUUGGGUUAUUAAUGACUAAGGGUCAAUUGGAAGUGGAGGUUGUCUGCGCGAGGCAUAUAACACCCCGAGAAACACCCCCGGAUACUUACGUAAAAUGUUAUUUGAGAGAUGGAGAGCGUUGGUUGCAAAAGAAAAAAACCCGAGUCAUGCGACAUUCUUGCGAACCCCAAUUUCGACAAACUUUAAAAUAUCAGGCGUGUGAUGUUUUAGGACGAACGCUUGUGGUGAUGUUAUGGGAAAGACAAGGAGGGUUCGAACAUAAUCAAGGGUUAGGAGGAGCCGAAGUCGCUUUAGAUAACUUAACGUUAACGCAUUUAACAACGGGGUGGUAUCCGUUGUUUCCGAUUCAUUCUUUGGGUUCCGAUUCGAACGAUUCACCUUGAUCUAUGAGUUUGAUGCGGAGAGCGAGCCGCAGUUGGAGAAGAGGGAGUGUAUGUCCUAUUGGGGUUGAUGUCGAUUUAGCAUCUUCACCACCGAUUUAAAUCUUUUUUUUUUAAGAAAAAAUAAAUAAUAGAGGACCAAAA